CCUGCGAGUGCGGAGCCCGGCGCCGAGUCCCCGCGGCCGCGAGCACGGAGGAGGCCGCCGGAGGCGCCUGCGGGACGGCCCAGGAGGGGUUAAGGAGCCACUGUGGAGCAGGGCAGGGAGGCGGUCGCCAUGGUGACGGAGCAGGAGGUGGAGGCCAUAGGGAAGACCCUGGUGGACCCCGGGCAGCCCCUGCAGACGCGCUUCCGGGCCCUGUUCACGCUGCGGGGGCUCGGUGGCCCGCACGCCAUCGCCUGGAUCAGCCGGGCCUUCGAGGACAGCUCCGCGCUGCUCAAGCACGAGCUGGCCUACUGCCUGGGCCAGAUGCAGGACCCGCGCGCCAUCCCCGUGCUGGCGGACGUCCUGCGCGACGCCGGCCAGGAGCCCAUGGUGCGCCACGAGGCCGGGGAAGCGCUGGGGGCCAUCGGUGACCCAGAAGUUCUGGACCUCCUGAAGCAGUACUCUGCCGACCCCGUGGUGGAGGUGGCCGAGACGUGCCAGUUGGCGGUCGGGCGUCUGGAGUGGCUGCAGCAGCACCCCGGGGAGGCCGCGCCCGCAGGACCCUACCUCUCGGUGGACCCGGCGCCCCCUGCGGCCGAGCGCGACGUGGGGCGGCUGCGGGCGGCGCUGCUGGACGAGGGGCGGCUCUUCGAGCGGUACCGCGCCAUGUUCGCCCUGCGCAACGCCGGGGGCGAGGAGGCGGCCUUGGCGCUGGCUGAAGGCCUGCGCUGCGGCAGCGCGCUCUUCCGCCACGAGGUGGGCUACGUGCUGGGCCAGCUGCAGCACGAGGCGGCCGUGGGCGCGCUGGCCGCCACGCUGGCGCGGACCUCCGAGAGCGCCAUGGUGCGGCACGAGUGCGCCGAGGCUGGCGCCAUCGCCAGGCCCGCCUGCCUGGCCGCGCUGCGGGCGCACGUCGCCGACCCCGAGCGCGUGGUGCGGGAGAGCUGCGAGGUGGCGCUGGACAUGUACGAGCACGAGAGCCGCCGCGACUUCCAGUACGCCGACGCGCUGGAGCGCCUGCGGCCCUGACCGCACCGGCCUGACCCCGACCCGCACCGGCCCCGACAGCA